GCAUUACAUUUAUAUACAUAUAUGGACCAGAAUCAUUCUCUCUCUAUAAUUGAUUGUGAUAAUUCUUAUCUCCUUUAUGAUAAAAGCUAGGGAACCCAUUUUACUAUCUUUCUUUACCACUGAUGUUUAUAUGAGUACAUACUUGUUCGAAACAUGAAUUUUGUUGCACGUCGAAACCAAACGCAGCAACGUCUAGUUCCAGAACAAGAAUAGUUUCUUUAAAAUGAGUCAGUGCGUUCCCAGUUGGGAUCUGGAAGAUAAUCAUGCCGCAACGCACCACUCGCUCCGCUCUAACUCCAACCUCUCUGCUCCCGAGGGUCACAUGUCGGAGUAUGAAGUGGCAGAAUUGACAUGGGAAAAUGGCCAACUAGCCAUGCGUAGUUUGGGUCCGACACGUGUACCGGCUAAGCCAUUGAUUUCCAACUCUCCUUCUAAGUACACUCCUUGGGAUAAACCACGGGCUAAUGGCACCUUGGAGUCCAUAGUGAGCCAGGCCACUCGCGUGCCGUAUCUUAAGGUUUCUCUUAACGGCGGUGGGAAUGAAAUUGUAUCCUGUUUGGACAACCACCGUUCUGCGGCGGAUGCUUUGGUCCCUUGCUCGAAAAGGUCGACGGAGGACCGGAACUCACAAGUCAUGGAAUCCAUAUCAGGACUCGUAGGAUCUCGCUUGGUGGGAUCCUGUAGAGUGCCGGCUGACACUCGACAUGAACAAGUAAUUGUUACCGGGAAACGGACACGGGAGGCGACGGAUGUUCCCGUAACACCUGAGUGGAGCGGCAAGGAACAAAGUGCAAGCGCCAGUGCCACGUUCGGGCGAGAUAGCCAAUACGUUACUUUCGAUACGUAUGACAAAGAUUUGGGCGUGGGUUUUACUUCUACUUCCCUCGGUUCCUGGGAAAACACGGGCUCGACGAGGCACUGUACCAAGGCCACCACGACGGUCGAUGAUCAUGACUCUGUUUGUCACAGUAGAGCCCAAAGGGAGGAAAUUGAAGAAGACAAGAAGGAAACUGGGAAAUCUUCAGCUUCAAAUAAAAGGAGCAGAGCUGCUGCUACCCAUAGCCAGUCCGAACGUAAAAGAAGGGAUAAGAUCAACCAAAGGAUGAAGACGUUACAGAAGCUGGUUCCAAAUUCCAGCAAGACGGACAAAGCUUCAAUGUUAGACGAAGUGAUUGACUACCUGAAACAACUGCAAGCACAAGUUCAAAUGAUGAACAGAAUGAACAUACCGCCAAUGCUGUUGCCGAUGGCAAUGCAACAGCAACUCCAAAUGUCGAUGAUGGCACCGGCGAUGGGGAUGGGGAUGGGCAUGGGCAUGGGCAUGGGCAUGGGCAUGGGUGUGAUGGAUAUGAACACUAUGGGGCGUCCCAACAUCGCCGGCAUCUCGCCCGUUAUGCCUAAUCCUUUCAUGAACAUGACUUCCUGGGACGGCUCAGGCGAACGGCUACAACGAGCGGCCUCUGCUGCAGUUGCAAAGUCGGACCCUCUUUCUGCAUUCAUGGCGUGCCAAUCACAGCCGAUGACCAUGGAUGCUUACAGCCGGCUGGCUGCUAUGUAUCAGCAAAUGCAACAACCACCUGCUUCUGGUUCUAAGAGCUAAGCUUCAAGCCAUUACUUUCAGCUACGUUUUUAUAUAUCAAAACAAAACCUGGGUUUCAAUUCUUACACUUGCACAGGGUUUUUGGAUUGUAGUUCGGUUGCUUCAAUUGUUCUCUUUGAAUCUGUAAUAUCAAUAUCAGUACUCCUAUGAGCCGAAAAAACUUGAUCAUUUGGUAUUAAAAAAAAGAACCCUAAACUUGAUCAUUGGGUACUCUACCUGUA